AAAACCUCGGACUUGCAAUCAUACAAAGCGGGCUAUUGCUUGAACGCCAAUGCCACCCUGCACGUCCACACCGAUAUGUACGCGUAAAAACAGGCAAGAAAGGAAAGGAAAAGCGCCAGUGGCACAGUCACGAUAAGUGGCGAACAUCUUGCUUCCACACUUUAUUGUCCAUAGUUAUUUGUGGACCAGGCAUUUUUGCUUAAAUCCUUGGUUCGCGAAGAUGAGCAGAUCGUCGUCCCUUUCCUUACAGGCAUUCUAAAAUUUGUUUGAUCGCUCCGGCGCCGUAUCACGCUGCAUACAUACCAAGGUGGAAAUGGAUACCGCACGUUACGACCCCAUGGACGCACAGCGUUUCGACCCGUUACUGCGCACUAGCACAAGACCAAACUCAUUUUCUAAAACCGGCGCUGAAAAAUCGACGAUGGGGCAGGGCCUUUGCGUCAGAACUCGACCGUGUGGAUUGUUUCCCGUACGUGCGAGCGUAGGUGGUGUAUGGCCCGACCAUGAGGUUGUGGUGGUCCCUCUUGACGGGGGAGAAAAUUCGGAGGCAUCACGUUCAUCCACACCAAGUUCUUCUGCUUCUACCACAUACGGGACUGCGUCUUCUACUAUGCCUGAUGUGCCUCCAUCGCAUACUCAACAAGUCGAUGCUUACGAGAGGGAUGACGUUGUAGUCACACGCACUAUUAUCCGCCCCAAUCCCAAUCCCAAUCUCAAUCCCACGCCCAAUCCUUCACGCAAUCCAAGUCGGAUGCCAUCUAGAGCGCAGAUAAGGCUUCCACGAAUGUUCUCACGUUCGCCAUCUCCUAGCUCCUCUCCAUGUUCUUCGUUAUCUGCAUUACCCCGUUCCAACCCCCCUUCGCGCCCUACGAGCCCGGUGCUCCAAGCGCUCAAUUGUUUUAGUACAUCCUCGACUUUUGAGAGGGAUGAGGAUGAUGUGCAUAUCGCGGAGAGUCCCAGGCCUAUAUUGCAGGUUAUUGUUACGCAGACGAGGGAUAGGUACGAGAAUGAUAGGGCGUUCAAAGAGAUUGUGGGGAGUGUUUAUCCGGGACCUGUUGUUGCUGCUGCUGGCGUGGGGAGCGGUGCUUGAUGCAUCAACUCCUAAUGCCUUCGAGCGGAUUUUGAUCAUUGUACUAUUGUGUUUCCCCGCAUAUUUUAUUGCAUAUCUUAUUGCGAUAAUCAAUAUAUAUGGCUGACU